UACCCCAGUACCCCUUCACUUUCUUCUUCCUCAAACUCAAAUCCUGUCUCUUCAUCUUUUUUCUCUCUCCUCCAUGAAAAUUUCUUUCUGGGUCUUCAUAAUUUCACACAAAUUCUCUGAAAUUUAGCUAAAUAAAGAAGAAACAGAAAUCCAAAAGUAAAGAUGAUUAAGAAACCGUUAACUACUUCUUCUUCACCGGUAAAGAUAACGGUAACAUCUAGUGGAGGAAAUCGUAUUGGGCUAACAAGUCCAAUCCAACGACAUUCUCUCUCUCCUCUAACCAACCGGAAUUCCUCCGCGAGAAGGCGGCGCUCCUCAAUCACACAGCAAGAAACCGAAGCCGUUGAUAGCGGUGUCGAACAACAACAAAAACAAGAAGACGAAGAUGAAGAGCUCAACUCAGAGUGCGUUUCCUACACCGUUCACAUCCCUCCAACUCCAGAACGACCCCCAUUUCCGUCGAUUUCUGACUCGCAAAACAGAACCGAAACAACAGAGUCAUUCGAACGAGUUGGGAUGAACCAGGCGCGAUUCGGGCCGGGUUUCAUCUCCGGGACAAUUUUCACUGGAGGGUUUAACUCGGUGACUCGUGGGCAUGUCAUCGAUUGUUCAAUGGAGAAGUCGGAAGAACAGGGGAAAUCAAUUAACGAGUGUAUGAUGAAAGGGUGUGAUGAAAAAGCCAUAAAUCCAUGUGAUUGUGGGUUUAAAAUCUGCAGAGAAUGUUACUUGGAUUGUUUGGCGAACAAAGAUGGAGGGCGUUGUCCGGGUUGUAAGGAAAUAUAUGACAAAGAGGAUAGAGAAAAUGGUGGAAAACACGGGAUGGAAGAGGAGGAUGAUGAAGAAGAUGAAGAGGAUGACGAGGCUCGGCCGCUGCGUUCGAUGGCAGCCGAGUUUAAGAUGGAUAAGCGGCUAUCGGUGGUGAAAUCGAUGAAAAACCCGGCCGAUUUCGAUCAUAAUAGGUGGUUGUUUGAGACAAAGGGGACUUAUGGGUAUGGAAAUGCAUUGUGGCCUAAAGAAGGAUAUGGAUUUGGAGGGAAUAAUAACAAUAAUAUGAACAAUAACAAUAAUGGGUUUGAAUAUCCGCCUGAUUUUGGUGAAAGGUGCAGGAAGCCAUUGACUAGGAAGGUUGCUGUUUCUACUGCAAUUAUCAGCCCUUACAGGUUAUUGAUUGUAAUACGGCUUGCUGCCUUGGGCUUAUUCCUUGCAUGGAGAAUUCGACAUCCUAACCGUGAAGCCAUGUGGUUAUGGGGCAUGUCUGUGAUAUGUGAAAUUUGGUUUGCAUUCUCUUGGGUUUUAGACCAACUUCCUAAACUCUGUCCUGUUAACAGAAAAGUUGACCUUUCUGUCUUAAAAGAUCGUUAUGAAUCCCCCAAUCUUCGCAACCCAAAGGGUCGAUCUGAUCUUCCAGGAAUGGAUGUCUUUGUUUCCACAGCAGACCCAGAAAAAGAGCCUCCUCUUGUAACAGCCAACACUAUCCUCUCAAUCCUUGCAGUUGACUAUCCUGUUGAAAAGGUGGCUUGCUAUCUGUCAGAUGAUGGAGGAGCACUUUUAACAUUCGAGGCCUUAGCUGAAACUGCGAGUUUUGCUAGAACUUGGGUGCCCUUCUGCCGAAAGCACUGUAUAGAGCCUAGAAAUCCUGAGGCAUACUUUGGACAGAAGAAGGAUUUCCUUAAGAACAAAGUUAGGUUGGACUUUGUUCGAGAGAGGAGAAGAGUUAAGAGAGAGUAUGAUGAGUUUAAAGUUAGGAUUAACUCAUUACCGGAAUCUAUUAGGAGAAGAUCUGAUGCGUACAAUGCCCAUGAAGAGCUUCGUGCAAAGAAGAAACAAAUGGAAAUGGGAGAAAGCCUUGCUGAACCUUUAAAGGUUUGUAAGGGAACAUGGAUGUCUGAUGGUUCUCAUUGGCCUGGGACUUGGUCUUCUGCUGAACCUGAUCACUCUAGAGGUGAUCAUGCUGGUAUUAUUCAGGCUAUGCUAGCACCACCAAACUCUGAACCAGUUUACGGGUCAGAAGCAGAUGCUGAGAACUUGAUAGACACAACUGAAGUAGACAUACGCCUUCCCAUGCUAGUCUACGUGUCAAGAGAGAAAAGACCAGACUACGAUCACAACAAGAAAGCUGGGGCUAUGAAUGCACUAGUAAGAACUAGUGCAAUAAUGUCAAAUGGUCCGUUCAUUCUCAACCUGGACUGUGAUCACUACAUCCACAACUCGUUGGCUUUGAGGGAAGGAAUGUGCUUUAUGCUUGACAGAGGUGGUGAUAGAAUCUGUUAUGUCCAAUUCCCUCAAAGAUUUGAAGGAAUUGAUCCCAGUGAUCGGUAUGCAAACCACAACACCGUGUUUUUUGAUGUAUCAAUGAGAGCUUAUGAUGGGUUACAAGGCCCAAUGUAUGUUGGUACAGGCUGCAUUUUCCGGAGGAUUGCAUUAUAUGGGUUUAGUCCUCCAAGGGCCACUGAACAUCGUGGAUGGUUUGGCUCGAGAAAGUUCAAAUUGCUACUAAGAAGGAAAGCAAAUGAACAACAAAACCCUGAAGAAAUUGUUUUACCAGUUGGAGGUUAUGAAGAAGAGGAUGAUGAUUUAGAUAUUGAUUCAUUACUCCUCCCUAAAAGAUUUGGUAAUUCUACUUCUUUAGCUGCAUCAAUCCCAGUAGCAGAAUACCAAGGCAGGCUUCUGCAGGAUCUUCAAGGCAAGGGUAACCAAGGGAGGCCAGCAGGGUCACUUGCUGUCCCUCGAGAGCCACUUGAUGCUGCCACUGUGGCAGAGGCCAUAAGUGUCAUUUCCUGCUUCUACGAGGAUAGAACUGAGUGGGGUAAACGAGUAGGGUGGAUAUAUGGUUCUGUAACAGAAGAUGUAGUGACAGGUUACAGAAUGCAUAAUAGAGGUUGGAGGUCAAUUUACUGUGUGACUAAAAGGGAUGCAUUUAGAGGAACAGCUCCAAUCAAUCUAACAGAUAGACUUCAUCAAGUCCUUCGAUGGGCAACUGGUUCAGUAGAGAUAUUCUUCUCGAAAAACAAUGCCCUUUUUGCGAGUAGAAGGAUGAAGUUCUUGCAAAGGGUAGCUUACCUAAAUGUCGGUUUAUACCCUUUCACUUCCAUGUUCCUCAUUGUCUAUUGCUUCCUACCUGCUCUAUCUCUCUUUUCAGGACAGUUUAUAGUUCAAUCUCUUGAUGUAACCUUCCUGGUGUUGCUGUUGCUCGUAUCCCUGACCUUAUGUAUGCUUGCUCUCCUCGAGAUCAAGUGGUCAAGAAUCACCCUACAAGACUGGUGGAGGAACGAGCAGUUCUGGCUUAUUGGAGGAACAAGUGCACACCCUGCUGCUGUUCUUCAAGGUUUACUCAAAGUCAUAGCAGGAGUUGAUAUCUCCUUCACAUUAACUUCAAAAUCUGCUACUCCAGAUGAUGCUGAAGAUGAGUUUGCAGAUCUGUAUGUUGUAAAAUGGAGUUUUCUAAUGCUUCCUCCAAUAACAAUCAUGAUGGUUAACAUGAUUGCUGUUGCAGUGGGUACUGCUAGGACUCUGUACAGUCCAUUUCCGCAAUGGAGUAAGCUUCUAGGAGGGGUGUUCUUCAGUUUCUGGGUGUUGUGCCAUCUUUAUCCUUUUGCUAAAGGGUUGAUGGGGAGAAGUGGUCGGGUUCCUACAAUAGUGUACGUUUGGUCUGGUCUGAUUUCGAUUACUAUCUCCUUGCUUUGGAUUAAAAUCAGUCCUCCCUCUGGAAGUCAGCAGGGAUCCCUGGGAUUCCAGUUCCCAUAAAUCAUGAUUCCACCACUUAUGAAGAUUUGUAACAAAGAUGAAGUUCUUUCUCAGACUUCAUUCUGCUGUUUAUAGUUCAAUAUUGAUUCUUUUUAAUGGAAGUCCUGUAAUAUUUUCUUUCCUGAAAUGCUGUCAUAUGUCUAGUCUGAACUGUAUUAGUUGUACUCCGUAAUUGAUUCUACAGUUAAAUGAUGCAAGUUAUUCUCUUGCUUCUACGCGUAA